CUGCCACCACCUCCCCCAGUUCCGCCGCCACAACGCCCUAUUAUCCCGCACCCCCUUUCCUUUUUCCGGAACACGCGCUUGACCACUCGUGCAUGCGCAUUAUGUACUAUGGCUCGGUCUUUGUCCCCCAUCUGCCGUUCUCACGAACUCAAGCCUUUGGCAUUCGGUAGCCAAUAGAAUCUACGAAAUGGCGGAAAAACGAGGCCAAUCCUGUAGAUAAGCCUUGAUUGACAGUUAAGAUAACCAAUUGAAGAUGACACUUUGGACCCUUUGGGCGGUACCGAGCUCCUUCGUUUCGUUUCCGGCGGAGCCGCGCUCUUUUCUUCGGACGGUAGAGGCUAAGUAACGUCGCCGUUAUUCUAAGGAGAGAACAGUUGGUGGAGGGAUCAAAAAUGCAAAGCAAUAAAACCUUCAACCUGGAAAAGCAAAACCACACUCCAAGGAAGCAUCAUCAGCACCACCACCAGCAGCAGCAGCAGCAGCAGCCACUACCCCCACCAGUACCUGCAAAUGGGCAACAGGCCAGCAGCCAAAAUGAAGGCUUGACUAUCGACUUGAAGAAUUUUAGGAAACCAGGAGAAAAGACCUUUACCCAGCGUAGCCGUCUCUUUGUGGGCAAUCUUCCACCUGACAUCACUGAGGAAGAAAUGAGGAAAUUAUUUGAGAAAUAUGGCAAAGCAGGCGAGGUCUUUAUUCAUAAGGAUAAGGGCUUUGGCUUUAUCCGCUUGGAAACACGAACCCUAGCAGAGAUUGCCAAAGUGGAACUGGACAACAUGCCACUCCGUGGAAAGCAGCUACGUGUGCGCUUUGCCUGCCAUAGUGCAUCUCUCACAGUUCGAAACCUUCCUCAGUAUGUGUCCAACGAACUGCUGGAGGAGGCCUUUUCUGUGUUUGGUCAAGUGGAGAGGGCUGUAGUCAUUGUGGAUGAUCGAGGAAGACCUUCAGGAAAAGGCAUUGUUGAAUUCUCAGGGAAGCCAGCUGCUCGAAAAGCUCUGGACAGAUGCAGUGAAGGCUCCUUCCUGUUAACUACAUUUCCUCGACCUGUGACUGUGGAGCCCAUGGACCAGUUAGAUGAUGAAGAGGGGCUUCCAGAGAAGCUGGUUAUAAAAAACCAGCAAUUUCACAAAGAGCGAGAGCAGCCACCCAGAUUUGCACAGCCUGGCUCCUUUGAGUAUGAGUAUGCCAUGCGUUGGAAGGCACUCAUUGAAAUGGAGAAGCAGCAGCAGGAUCAAGUGGACCGCAACAUCAAGGAAGCGCGAGAGAAGCUGGAGAUGGAGAUGGAGGCUGCUCGCCAUGAGCACCAGGUUAUGCUAAUGAGGCAGGAUUUGAUGAGGCGCCAAGAAGAACUUCGGCGAAUGGAAGAGCUGCACAACCAAGAGGUGCAAAAAAGAAAGCAGUUGGAACUCCGGCAAGAGGAGGAGCGCAGGCGCCGGGAGGAAGAGAUGCGGCGGCAACAGGAAGAAAUGAUGCGGAGACAGCAGGAAGGAUUCAAGGGAACCUUCCCUGAUGCGAGGGAACAAGAGAUAAGGAUGGGCCAGAUGGCUAUGGGAGGUGCUUUGGGCAUAAACAACAGAGGUGCCAUGCCCCCUGCUCCUGUGCCAGCUGGUACUCCAGCUCCUCCAGGACCUGCCACUAUGAUGCCAGAUGGAACUUUGGGAUUGACUCCACCAACAACUGAACGAUUUGGUCAAGCUGCUACAAUGGAAGGAAUUGGGGCAAUUGGUGGAACCCCUCCUGCUUUCAAUCGUACAGCUCCUGGAGCUGAAUUUGCUCCAAACAAACGUCGCCGAUACUAAUAAAUUUACUGUCUGAUUUCCCAAAACCCGUGAAAGAAGGACGAAGGACCCUUUUUGGACUAGCCAGAAUUCUGCUCUAGAAGUGUGUUAGGAAUUCUCCCAGUAGUUAGGUCUUUCCUGCCUUUACUACUUUGGGGAGUGUACUGAAUUCAGAGGGCAAGGGAAAAGGGUGGUAUUAACAAAUCUUUUCUGUGUGAUAGCAGUUCCUUGUGAUAGAUUCUUGAAGCCUCAAAUAAAAUGGAUGUUGACCUGGGGGAGCCAUGGUAAAAAUGUAUCCAAUUAGAGUCAUAUUAAUCUUGAUCAUUCC